GCGAACAGCGCCGUGCUCCACCUCGUGUCGCCCGAGGACGGGUCCAAGGCGAGCGGCCACCUGGGCAACAAGGCCCGGCUGCAGGAUUGCGCGGUGAAAGGAGCACGGCUGCGGUUCGCGUACGCCAGGAGCGUGUCGGACGCCGAGAAGCUGGAGCUUCACGUGCAG